AUGUCUAAGAAGUUUAAAACUUUAAAAUGGGAAUCGGUUCCUGUGGAAGGAUUUCCUGUGUCAAUAACAGAUAAACUUAAGGGCUUCGUUGGUCUCGAGGAGUGUACGGAUUAUGGUCUAGAUAGGGAUAGGAAAAAAUCAAAGAAAAAAAAAGUAUCAAAAGUAUCAAACAAACAAAAAAAUGUAAGCCAUGUCCCAGUUUUAAAAGAAAAAUCAGUAAUACCAAAUACUAAAGUAAAACUCGACAAUGGAUUUAUUGUUGAGGUGUGUAAUAUUGAAAAACCGUCUCUUACAAAUGAGACUACGUCCCUAAAUAAACAGACUAUAAGAGAAGGAAAUGGGAAUGCAGAGAAAGAAUCAUUAUGUACAAACAAAUUGGUGAAAGGAAAAAAACGUAAACUUGGUGAUAUAUCAGAAACAAGUUCUCAUUUAUCAGCUGAAGACAUGUUGUCUUGGGCAGAGUUCAAAUUACCCGAAGAGAUUGUCAGGGCACUAGCAGAAUUAGGAUUUAAAAGGCCAACAAAAAUACAGCAGCUAACAUUACCAGCAGCCAUUCAUGGUCGUCGAGACAUUCUCGGUGCUGCUGAGACUGGUAGUGGGAAAACUCUAGCCUUUGGCCUACCAAUCCUAUCUGGAAUUAUGAAAUUAAAAGAGAAAGGUAAAACCGGGUUGGAUGUGUACGACAUUCCAUACAAAAAGACAUCCAUUAAAAGGAAAAACAAAGUAGAAGAUUCCAAGGAAAUUGUAAAAAGGAAACGUGUGAACAAAAAGUGUAAGGUAGAGCAGAAGAAAGAGUCUUCUGAAGAUGGCUACAGCAGCGCUGACAGUGAAGCUUCCAAAGAAAACAAGGAAGAUGGUAAAAAUGAAGAAGUGUACCUGGAAGAAUAUGAAGUGCCUAUAAAGAAAAAGGAGAUAUCCGUUGAUGAAGGGAACGACAGUGAUGAAGAUGGUAAAUACAUACGCCUAUCUGAAAUGUUGGAUUCGGAUGAUUUGGUUGAUACGAGCGAUGAUGAAGCGGCUGACACUGGUACAAAUGGAGUUGCCAACGAAGAGGUUGGCGAGGAAACUGAUGGAGUGGACGAAGUUGAUGAAAAAGGCAUUGGCUGUGUAAAGGUUGUCGAUGAUGUAGAGAUGCCUGGGAAUGUGGAGGUUAGAACUGGAAAACCUCUCUUUGCAUUGAUACUAACACCAACAAGGGAGUUGGCCAUACAGAUCAGCAGGCAUCUUAUAGCUGCCGCUAAAUACACGGGCAUCAAGAUUGCCACGAUUGUGGGCGGCAUGGCGUCCGUAAAGCAAGAGAGGGUCCUGCGCUCUGGCCCCGAGGUGGUGGUCGCCACUCCUGGGAGGCUGUGGGAGCUGAUAACCCAAGGGCAACCUCACCUCCAGCAGCUGUCCUCCGUUAAGUUCCUGGCUAUCGACGAGACGGACAGGAUGGUGGAGCGCGGCCACUUCGAGGAGCUGCACCCACUUCUGGAGCGGCUCAACGUGGACGAAGCUCGGCGCAGCACGAGACAGAACUUCGUGUUCUCCGCCACCCUCACCCUGGUCCACGACCUGCCCAACCACAUGAGGGGCAAGAAGGUUACGAAACGCGGGAAGAUUUUGAACAGGAGAAUAGAGAAGAUGACCCCAGAACAGAAGGUCAAACGGCUGGUCACUAUGAUCGGUAUGACCGACCCCAAGGUCGUCGAUAUAACGAAGCAGAACUUGGGCGCGGCCGAAACGCUCACCGAAUGCCGCAUAGCGUGCUCCCUAGAGAACAAGGAUAUAUAUCUCUACUACAUCCUGAAGAAUCAUCCGGGGAGGACCAUCGUGUUCUGCAACUCCAUUGGUAGCGUGAGAAGGUUGUCGCAACUGCUCACUCUGCUGCGGUGCGGGCCCCUCCCACUGCACGCUAGCAUGCCACAGAGACAGCGCCUCAAGAACCUCGAGAGGUUCCGCGACGACCCCCGCGGGCUGCUGGUGGCGACGGACGUGGCGGCGCGCGGCCUGGACGUGCCCGACGUGGACCACGUGGUGCACUACCAGGUGCCGAGGACCGCCGAGAAUUACGUCCACAGAAGCGGCAGAACGGCUAGGGCGAACAAGGAGGGCCUGACGAUCCUGAUGAUGGAACCCUCCGAGGCGUAUACAUACGCCAAGCUCUGCCGCACGUUGAACAAAACCAGCGAGCCGGCCACGUUCCCCGUGCCGGAGCGGGGCCUCGCCGCGGCCAAGGAGCCCGUCGCCCUCGCCAGGGAGGUGGAGGCGCUGGCGCUGCGCCGCCGCCGCUCCGCCGCAGCGGCCGGCUGGCGGCAGAAGGCGGCCCGCGAGAUGGACAUCCUCAUCGACGACGACGACCUACCGGUCCAAGAUCUGGAUCCAUCCUUCGAAAAAGCGCUUAGCGCGAAGAUUAAGCGGCUGGAAGCGCUGCUAGCGAGGCCGGCGCUCCCCAAGGGCUUCUCCUACAAGUUCCCGACCCUCAACGAGCCAGUCCAGCGGGAAGACCGAAACGCCUUGCAGGUUAUGAAGAGAGCUCUGGAAACCGGCGAAUUGAAAAGGGAGAAGAGGAAAAGUAAGAACGAGCCGCUGUUGAAGUUGCAAAAGAUGUUUAAGAAA